UGCCGAUGUUUCCGGGGGGCAUUUACUCAGAGGGACAUACAGAGCAACCAGCCGGAAAUUACUGAGAUUCUCGGCCUGGAAGAUGGCGUCAGCAAAGAACGGAGGAAUAGCUCGCACUCAGGUUCGGGGUUGCUUUAAGAGGACGAUGAUGGGUCUGCGCUGUGUGCUUGUGCUUCUGGUGGUUUUGCCGGUCCGUGCUGAUAUCACGGAUGGAAACAGCGAACACAUGAAACGGGAACACUCGCUGACCAAGCCGUACCAGGGUGUCGGAACAAGCCCGUCGAGUCAGUGGGACUUCUGGGGCAGCACGCUAGUCACCAGCCAGUAUGUCCGCUUGACCCCGGACGAGCGCAGCAAACAGGGCUCCAUCUGGAACACGGUGCCAUGCUUUCUCAAGGACUGGGAGAUGCACGUCCAGUUCAGAGUGCACGGCUCUGGGAAGAAGAAUCUCCAUGGCGACGGCAUCGCCCUCUGGUACACAAAAGACAGGCUGCAGCCCGGCCCCAUCUUUGGAAACCAAGACCACUUUGUUGGCCUGGCCAUAUUUUUGGACACCUUUCGCAAUGACCAACAUGGGAUGGAUCGGUCCUUCCCCUACAUCUCAGCCAUGGUGAACAAUGGCUCCCAGCCCUACGACCACAGCAAGGAUGGACGGCCCUCUGAGUUGGGUGGCUGCUCCGCCGACAUCCGCAACAAGGACCACGACACAUACCUGGCUAUCCGCUACUCAAAGGGCCGUCUGACGAUCAUGAUCGAUAUCGACGACAAGAACGAAUGGAAGGAGUGCAUCGACAUCGCGGGUGUCCGGAUGCCCACCGGGUACUACUUUGGAGCUUCUGCCGCCACUGGGGACCUGGCUGAUAACCAUGACGUCAUCUCCAUGAAGCUGUACCAGCUGAUGGUAGAGCACACUCCUGAGGAGGACAGCCAGGAUUGGACAAAGAUAGAGCCCAGCGUCAGCCUGCUGAAGUCACCCAAAGACAACAUCGACGACCCGACUGGCAAUUUCCGCAGCACCCCGCUGACUGGCUGGAAGGUGUUCUUGCUGCUGCUGUGCGCGCUUCUCGGCAUCGUGGUGUGCGCUGUGGUGGGCGCCGUUGUCUUCCAGAAACGCCAGGAGAGGAAUAAACGCUUUUACUAGAGGAUGGCCUUUCUGGGGCGGGGGAGGGGGGCAGCGCGUGCUGCGGAGAUCAAUGUGAAUAGCUGGAGGUCGUGUGAAAUCCUAAUGUUCGUAUCUCUGAAGUCCUGGAUGGAGGCGACCGCAGAGAUGUUUUCUGUGCUGAAAGUGGCUUGGAGCCCCGUGUCGAACUUGAGAGCUGGGUGACGCCGCGAUAAGCACGGCUGUGUGAAAGAGGGGCUGCUUUUCUUUAUUUUUUCAUAGGGGUGCAGCAACAUAAAAAGUGAAAAUCCAUAUUUGGAGACCUGUAAACAAAAGUGGGAAGGAAAUGAUCGGUCCUGUUGGCUGACAUUUCUGCCCAGGGAGCUGCAUAAAAAAUGUCCUUUUUGUUUAUAUAUUUUUCUAAUCUCCGCUUUCUGAAUGCACUUGUUUACGCCAGGGGGUUUUCGUUUCUGAUCGUUCUAGGUUUUAAAUGACAUUGAUCGUUUUUGUUUACCUCGAAACUAUGUAGGCAUUUGUUUCUUUUUUUUCCUCUUUAUUUACGGUGAGGGAGAGGUAGGGGAGCCAGGAUGACGUUCCUCAGGUGAAAGUGAAAAUGGACCGUGGCACAUUACAGCACUGGCAGUAUUGGACAGAAUGAGCCCCCAACCCACUUUCGGCGACGUUUGUUGUCUGGGACACUUAUCCCAUUUGCUGACCUCACCGCGGGAGCCUUUGUACGAAUGCUGUUAUCCAUCAGUCAUUUUCAUCCACCCUUGGGGUUAGCUGCAUCUUUCUAGACACUCUACAUGUGACUCUGGCUGUCGGGGGGUGAAACUGCUUCACUGGAGUGUAAUAGUCCUUUAUUACAUGACAGGUGCCAGUUGCUUAUAAACCCUUUGAAGAUGUUCAGUAUUGAAGAUGAUUUUUUUUUCCACCUAAAGCAAGUCUGCACUGCAAUUUGAUUUCUGUUUUAAGGAAGAACCAUCCAGGAGGCCAAUUUGCAAACUAAUAUAUAAAGGUGUAAAAUGAAACUGUUGCCAAAGUUCGUAGCUGCUUUUCAUGGUGUCGGAAACCUUCAUAAGGAAUCUCACAACAUACAGAUUUUACCUUUGUCUAUAGCAGUCAAAAAUCAGUCCUUGCAUAGUUUUGAAACCUGUUUUUACCAAAAACAUGGUCAUGAGAAUUUCCAGAGUACAUACUUAACCGGAGUGCUAGAAGGCUGUUGUGUAAAUGAUUCUAUUGUUGGGUUCCAAUGUAAUAAAUUAACUUUGAUUCA